AUGAUCAGGAGCCAACGCUUCCGACGCUCCAAGUCCGGACUCCACGUCCACUGUGAGUCCUGCUACAGCCGGCGCUGCAGGGCCCGAGUGGAGGUCUCUGUGUCCUGUGCGGUCGUACCGUGCCGCCUGCUGUGCGGUGCCGUCUUCCACCUGUGCAAAGAGGAGGAGCACCUGCUGCUCUGCCCCAACGUGAGGGUCCCCUGCCUCAACGCCAAGUACGGCUGCCCGCUCACCAUGACCCGCUCCUGUCGGGGGGCACACCUGCAGGCCUGCCCGGCCAGCGUGGUCUGCUGCUCCAUGGAGUGGCUUCGCUGGCCGGUUGACAAUACCAGCCCACACCACAACAUAGCCCUGCAGGAGAACGUGCUGAUGAAGGCGGAUGGGAGGCAGGGGGAGGCCCUAGACAUAGCCAUGACGUUGGUCGAUCAGGACGACCUCUACUCUCGGCUGAAGAUGAGGCCCCUCUACCCGGAGCUGAUGGAGGAGGGGGAGGGGGAGGAGGAGGAGAAAAGGGAGGUAGAGCAAGAAGACAGGGCAACAGGAGGACUUGUUAGCAGUGUCCUCACAAACAAAGCUGCCGAUGGAAGUCCUCCUGCACCCUCCUCUGCAGAGAAGGGUGCUUGUUUGAGUGAGAAUGGUGUUGGUGAAGAAACUGCUAAGAACAAACCAGGGCAACAGUCCAGCGCAGGAAUUGACGUGGCGAAACACAAGCUGAUGGAGAUGAUGUUCAGCAUGGAGAAAGGUGGCUGUGAAGUGGCCCAGGCAAACCAGGGCAGUCCUGAACAAAGGACAAAUCCUGGGGAGAAGGGGAGGUCUCCAAGCAGAGAGAAUCCAAACAAGGACGGGAAAGAGCACGGAGUAGGAGAGAAAACAGCAGCCUCGGAUGAGAGAGAAGCAGUGAUGGGAGGGAGCGCUGGGGCCAAAACCGUUCCCCUGCCAGACACCAACAAGAUGGGCCUGGCGCCGUGGCAGGACGGGGUGCUGGAACGUCUGAGGGAAGAGGCCACCCCACAUGAGUACAAUAUGUACCUGGUGCACCAUGGGCGAAUGCUCCUCACCUUUGGGCAGAUUGAGGCCUGCACACCGAGAGAGAGAGACUUUGUCUAUGGAAGCCUGGAGCCCAUCCCUGUCCAGACUUUGCGCUCUUUCAAGGUCCCUGUCAGUUACCGCUACAAGCGACGGGUCCAAUUUUAUGACACAUCUGCGCGGGCCCAGAGCGUGACAUGCAGUGUGGACACGUCUGACCUCGAGGUCGGGGAAGAGAACUGGAACAGUGAUGAAGCAGAGGCCACUCUGCUAGGCUACGCAGAGAUAGAGGUCAUGGGUCACAAGAUCAGUGAGAGCAAGGGAACUGAUGGGCUGUAUGUGGACGUGGGAACACAAACGCACUCUUUUCGCACGGCACCAUUUAAACGCACCACUACCCUGGCAGAGGUGAUGGUGGACAGACCGCGGAAGCUUCAUCUCCAGCUGCAGGCUGAGAGUGUCACCAGCAGACACAACAAGGCCAGCUCCGUCUUCACCUUCCUCUGUGGACACACCUUCCACCGCAGAGAGUUCCCCACACACUUCAGGAAUGUUCACAGUGACAUCCAGACGUGUUUGAGCGGUUGGUUUGAACAGAGGUGCCCCCUCGCCUACCUGGGCUGCACCUACAGCCAAAGAAGGUUUCAGCCUUCUACACAUGAGGCCACCGUCACCUACAACCAGAAACUGAGGACUUUCAACCUGAGUCCUGCCCUCCCCGUGUCUCUAGAGGAGGCCUCCGUGCCUCUUCGAAGCUCCACAGAAAAGAGAGAAGAGACGGGAGGCGAUGGAGGAGGAAGAGGACAGAAGUCUCUGAGUGCCCUGCCCUAUGAGGUGCUGUGUCACGUGGCCAGUUUCUUAGACAGCCUGUCCCUGUCCCAGCUGGCCCUGGUGUCCCACCUCAUGAGGGAGGUGUGCGCCUCCCUGCUGCAGGAGAGAGGGAUGGUCACCCUCAGGUGGGAGAGGGAGACCUACUCACAUGGCAGAGCCAAGUGGAAAGCCAAAACAGUGUGGGAGUUCAGCCACCUCUUCUCCUCGGUGGAUUCGUGGCAUUUUGUAGACAUCCCCCCUAUGUCUUCACAUCUGAAAGUCUGUCCCUACUAUGAGAUCUCUCCGCACAGUGAGCCGGCUCCCCUGCCAGGCAUGAGUGAGCUGCAGGGGCUCCAACAGGAUAGACAGAGCCUGGUCCAUCAGUUCAUUGGAAACAGAUCAAAACGCUGAAGAGGACAUUUGUAUUUUCCUGUUGUGUCUAUAUUUAAAAUGUUUUUUCUUUCUGUACGAUUUGCAUGUAUAGGUCGUCAGGUUAUUGAUAUGUCAGUCUUCUGCAAAAUGGGCAUGGGAUGCCGUCAGUAUUGGGAUGAUGUUGUUUGUUGUAUUAGGAACCAUUCUUACAGUGGGUAAAUUGGGUAGCAUUGUACACAACAAAUAAACAACAA